UCAAAUUGUGUAUUUGACAAUGUUGACAUGUUAUUAUUUUGUUUGAUUUUCUUAUCUGACUGAAAGUUUUUGUAAUAUACGCAGUACGCACAUGUAAUAAAUCUUCAUUUCAACUACAAUGGCGUGCACAAGCACACUUGAUUUGGGAUAUCCGAAAGUUCUAGUGCUGGAUGGUGGUUUCUCCUCGCAACUGUCCGUCCAUGUCGGUAAGACCGCUGACGGUGACCCUCUCUGGAGCGCUCGUUAUCUACAAACACAUCCAGAAGCAGUGUACAACACACACUUAGACUUCCUGCGAGCCGGUGCCGACUGCAUUUCAACGAAUACAUAUCAAGCGUCAGUUGGUGGAUUUGUGAAACAUCUCGGCGUGACUCCUGAGCAGGGCCUCGCACUCAUUCGAAGCGCUGUGGAACUGGCUAAACGCGCUCGCGAUACCUACCUUGAAGAAUGCCUACGAAAAGGAACGUCUACUCGCACACCUCUCGUCAUAGGCUCAGUUGGACCUUACGGAGCGCAUCUACACGAUGGGUCUGAGUACGAUGGUCACUACGCGGAUCGCACAUCCCCUGAAACCAUACGAGAGUGGCACACCCCACGUAUUAAGGCUCUAAUUGAUGCUGGAGUAGACCUCUUAGCUAUAGAGACCAUCCCUUGUCAGAUAGAAGCUGAGGUUUUGGUUGAAAUGUUGAAAGAGUAUCCAAACAUUAAAGCUUGGCUAUCCUUCAGUGUCACAGAUGAGACUAGUGUUGCUCAUGGUGAGAAUUUUCAAAUGGCAGCUAAAAAGUGUUGGGAUUUAAAUCCAAACCAAUUAGUUGCCAUUGGUGCUAACUGUUGUUCUCCAAAACUGAUUGCCAAGUUGUUCGAGGGUAUCAAUAAUGAUAGACCGCAUGCUCCUAUUCCGUUAAUAACAUAUCCAAAUUCAGGAGAAAAGUACAGUGUACAACUAGGGUGGAUUGAAGGCGACAUAUGUGAUAGGAUUGAUUCAUUUGUGCCUGGCUGGCUGGACUUGGGAGUUAGUUAUGUGGGUGGGUGCUGCAGAACUUAUGCAGCUGAUAUUGCCCAUAUACGCACCCAGGUGGAUCGCUGGCUGAAUCAAAAAAAAAUUAAUGUUUAAUAAAUCACAUUAAGCCUGCAUUACUCUGCCUUAAGCCUUUGUAUUACUUGCUUCACUUAUUUUUUUCACUCAUAUUUUGUCACUAUAAUUUUAUUGCCUACUCUAUUUAUAUAUUUUAGCUAUAGUUUACUAAAGUGCUGUAAGAAGGUUGUGAGUCCCUAAUAUUUGAGAUAAGGAUUGGUAUUGGAAUUAAUUAAAUCUUAAUAUUAAGAAGGUUAACUGUUUGUACAAAAAAAAAUAAGCCUUUAAAAAGCUUUUGCUGAAUUCCAGAGAAUUUUCGGUUUGUCAGUGAAGAAGAAAGAAAGAGAUGAUAAGUUAAAAAAUCUAAUCAAGGAAAAUGAAAAGCUGAGGGAACAGAAUCUUAAAUUGACAUUUGAUAUGUCCAA